AUGCCCGAAGCUAUCAAAUCUAUUAAUAUGGAGAAAUGCAGGAGAAGAGUAGACAUCCGAUACGGGUACCAGCAGGACAGCAUCGAAGGCUCAGAAAACUGCAUCGCUGAACAGACGCGUGUGGAGACAGAAUCCAGCACAGUAUUUCAUUACUACCUGAACGGGAAUUCCGAACGAUUUCUCAUCCGUCGAGUGGACAUCCACUCACAUCACUCGUUUUCACCUUUCGAAAAACACACAAUGGGCACUUUUGUGACCGGAAAACUGGAACUAAUGAAGAUUGUAACAGGGGUCAAGGAACAGCCGAGCCCGGCUAGCGAACACAUUGAGAGCAUUGAGUAUUCAGCAGAACGAGAGAUUCAAAUUGAAAAAUUCAUCAUGUUUGGUGACGACGAGUACAGCGACAGCUUGUUUCGCCACAGUCGUCGGAAGUACGAACAAAUCGGGGAAAUUAUCGAAAAAAUGAUAAUUUUAGUAUCAGGCAGAGAUAGCCAACAACAACUACAUGUGACAAAUUUGAUGGACGAAUUGGUCGAGCUACUGCGGAUGUGUUCCAAGGAGAAAAUCCAGAAAAUUCACGGGGGUUUUUUCGAGAGCAGUUCCUGGUUCAAAGAAGAAACAGUAGCAGCUCAGAUCCGAGACUUACUGCUGGAUGGCCUGGUGCAAGCUGGAACCCAAAACACAAUAGAGUAUAUCAUCCAACAAAUCAAAAAUUACCAAAUACCGCUGCUUAAAUCCAUCAAGCUUUUAUCGCAGUUAGUAAAAAUAAGGAUCACUUCUUCCAAACACAUUGAUACUGUUCUUGAACUGUGCAACAGUGAAGUAUGCGCGAAGAAUCCAGUACUACGACAAACAUGUCUUCUCACAGUGGGAGGCUUGAUGUACACAAUGUGUGUGGCACACGGGGAUCAGCUUGCAUCGCGAUUGGCCACCGAGUUUUGUCCUCCGGCUAUCAAAAAGAAGUACUACGACGUUAGUCUUCUUCAACAAAAACAAAUCAGCAUCAAUUUGGUGACUAAGAUUAUAUAG